AUGUGCUGUGUUGUUUCUCGUAACUUGACACCGGUGAGCUCGUGUUCAACUAUGAGAAGCAGAGUUCCGAUCCUGAUCCUGAACAGACACCUGAGGAUCUUCUCCGGGCUCAGAUGUUCUCCGGAGGCUGCACUGUGUUGAAAGCCUAAUUUGGCCUCAGUGUUCACAGCCACCCGUUUCUCUCGUCAGCGUGGAGCAGCAGCCGCAGCAGCCAGGAUGAUCCCGGUGGGUGAACUGAAAAACCUCGGCACAGAGCCGAACUCCAAGUUUCGGGUGCUGAAGCCGUGGUGGGAUGUUUUCUCAGAGUACCUGUGCAUUGCCAUGCUGAUGAUCGGAGUCUUUGGUUGCACCCUGCAGCUCACUCAAGACAAGAUUGCAUGUCUGCCCAGUCACUUCACCAGCCCAACGCCAGAGGCAAUCGACUGCAGCCACAUCAGCACUUACGCAGAGAACAAGACAAGGCAGCACACACUGGUCAUGCCUGCGAGUCCCAUUAUGGUGGAGGUGACUGGCCGCAAGAACAACCUGGACAUCCAUCAAUAUUUGUUUGUUAAUCACUAUUGCUACGAGAGGUUCGUCCACUGGUACGCAAAGUACUUCCCCUACCUCGUCGUGAUCCACACUGUGAUCUUCAUGGCAGCGAGCAGCUUCUGGUUCAAGUUCCCCGGGACGUCUUCUAAGAUUGACCUCUUUGUGACCAUCCUUGUGAAGUGCUUUGACUCCCCGUGGACCACGAGGGCCCUGAGUGAAGUGUCGGAGGAAAGAGGAGAGGAGAAGAUGGUAAUUUGGAGGAGGAACACCACCUCAAAGGAACCUGCAGAGCGACGAGGGGACGAGGAGGAGACCACAGGGCUUCUUCGCUCCUCAUCUGUCAAGUCUAAUCCAGAAAAGAAAACCCCAGAGUCUCCGUCUGCCCCCUCCGCCCUGGACAAGAAGGAAGGCGAGCAGGCCAAAGCUCUAUUUGAAAAGGUAAAGAAGUUGAGAACUCAUGUAGAGGAGGCAGACCUCCUGUAUGUCAUGUAUGUGCUACAGACAUCGGUCAAGGUCUUUAAGUUCCUUUUGAUCAUCAUCUACACUGCAGUGAUGGCACCAAACAUUGAGAUUGUAGUGCACUGUUACGUUCCUCCUGAACUGACUGGUUUUGACAUUUUUUGCUGUAACCACAACAAAGCCCAUCUUUUCUCCAAGCUUGCUUAUUGCUACAUCUGCUUUGUGGGAGUGUAUGGUCUCCUGUGCAUCUAUUCCUUCUACUGGCUGUUCCACCGGUCACUCAAAUCAUACUCCUUUGACCAGGUCAGACUAGAGACAGGUAUUAACGAUAUACCAGACGUAAUGAAUGACUUUGCAUUCCUCCUGCACCUUGUGGACCAAUAUGACGCCCUCUACUCUAAGAGAUUUGCCGUCUUUCUUUCCGAGGUCAGUGAGAGUCGUCUCCAUCAGCUCAACCUCAACCACCAGUGGACCGCCAAAAAGCUACGCGACCGUCUUGUCAAGAACACAAAUAACCUGUUGGAGCUGCACCUGUCAAUGUUGCCGGGGCUUCCUGACACCGUGUUUGAGCUGUCUGAGGUGGAAUCGCUCAAACUGGAGCAAGUUAAAAACGUAACCAUCCCACUGACUGUGGCAAAGCUAGACUCUCUCCGGGAGUUGUCGCUGCUCUACUGCCAAGCAAAGCUCCAGCUGCCUGCCCUGAACCACCUGAAGGAACAUUUGAAGAUCCUUCGUCUAUCUUUUGAGAAUUUCGAUGAAGUACCUUUGUGGAUGUACACUCUGAGUGGCCUGGAGGAACUACAUCUGAACAGUCCCUUAACUGAGGCGUCCAAAAGUGCCACUCUGGACUCCCUUCGAGACCUUCGAGCUCUGAGACUUCUCACUUUCCGCUCCAGCCUUUCGAAGAUCCCGCCCAGCGUAGGGGAUGUUGCGGUGCAGCUGCAGAGGUUGUGUAUCUAUAAUGAAGGUGUCAGACUCCAGGCGUUCAGCAGCCUGAAGAAGUUAACCAACCUGCUUUCACUGGAGUUAGUGGGCUGUGAGUUGGAGCGCAUCCCAAGUGCUGUCUUCAGCCUGAACAAUCUACAGGAGCUGGACCUGAAAGACAAUAAACUGACCACUGUGGAGGAGAUACUGAGCUUACAGCACUGUCGCCGGUUAGUGACCCUGCGACUGUGGCACAACAAAAUCACUUACAUCCCUGAUCACAUCAGUAAAUUGCACUCCCUCGAGACGAUAGAUCUCAGCUGGAACAAGCUGAGGAAGCUUCCCUCUCGAUUGUUUUAUUGCACCAAGCUCAGGCACAUAGAUGUUUCCCACAACCAGCUGACCUCUCUUCCUCCUGAGGUGGGCAUCCCACAAGGCCUCCAGUUCUUCUCCGCUGCUUUCAACUCUUUAGAGAUGGUGCCAGAGGAGCUCUUUUCCUGUAAAAAGCUAAAGACGCUGGCUCUUGGAAACAACUCCCUGUCAAACCUAAGCCCUAGCGUGGCCAACCUGGCUCAGCUGAUCCGGCUGGAGAUUAAGGGGAAUCGUCUGGAGUCUCUUCCUCUGGAGAUAGCAGACUGUCCCCUUCUGAAUGUCAGUGGGUUGAUAGUAGAGGACAACCUGUUGGAUCUUCUGCCACCGGAUAUGCGAAGCAGGCAGGCAAAGAGCUAA